UUGCGACAACACGUGUUUAGAGUGUGGCGCUACUCGCGUAUACAGUGUUUAUAGUGACCGCUGAGGAAGGCUCAUAGAUUUAAAAAAAUAAAUGUUUACAUUUCUUAAAAUCCCAUUAUGUUAAAAUUGAAAAUUGUCAGUGACUUUAUUCAUUGUAAAUUAGCAAAUGAACAGGAUUGUCACUGAAAAUAAUUAAGAUGACUUCAAAAAGGGCACGCUUACUCAGCUUACUCUUGUGUAUACUGAACUCUGCUUGGAGUAUGUUUGUAUUCCUUCCAUGGUUUAUUACAGGAGUCGGCAGCCUCAAGAACGUCUCUAUCAGAGUCCCGGUGGCCGUCACCACUGGAGCAACAGUGUCUCUCUCCUGCAUCUAUGACCUUGAGGGAGAGCAACUGUACACCAUCAAGUGGUACAAAGGUCGCCAAGAGUUCUUCCGGUAUGUGCCCAAGGAGCUGCCACACACAAGGGUCUUCCCAAUCAAAGGUUUUAAUGUGGAUGUGAGCCUGUCUGGACCGCAGAAGGUUGUUCUCAGAGAUGUCCAAAGAGCCAUGUCCGGAAAAUACCUCUGCGAAGUGUCGACGGAUGCUCCCGAUUUCCUCACAAAACUUGUGUCGGCUAAUAUGAAUAUAGUGCGGCCACUGGAGCAAAAACCAGUUAUAGAGCUUGAAAAGAGCCGGUACAACCUUGGAGACACACUGAGAGGAAACUGUACUUCUCCUCCCUCCAGCCCUCCAACCAACCUCACUCUCUAUGUCAACGGUAAUAAGGUAGGAGCAGGGCCUUAUCUGAAAACAGUCCAUUUCGGUGAGGAGGAGAACACUGUGACCUUGACCCAGUUAGCUGUGGAGGUCAAUAGCUUCCUGGGCAACAAGGUUCGGGUGCAGUGCGUCGCCGACAUGUUCGGCGUUUUCCGAACUUACUCGGAACAAAUUGAAGUGGCCGUUGCGGAAGAUCGGCCCAGACUUGCAUCGGUACUGGAUAACCGAGAGUCUUCUUCAAGCCACAACGUCAAGACGCGGUGGAGUAUGUUACUGCAGUCGACGUUAGGAGCGCUAAUGUUGCUGUACAGGUAGCAGUUGUAAUCUCCCGCCACUUAGUUCCAAGUCGCGGGUAGACGGCUCGACAGUCCGUGACGAAACGUCUGUCACAACAGAAAAAUGUUUCUACGAAUCAAAUCUCUGUGUACUUUGUUCUUCCAUUGAGGCGUACCUAGCAUUUCUGUAUAUAUCAUCGUUCAUUACCGUAUGGUAAUUUUAAUGUGCCAAGCUGAUUGUAAAUAGGAAGAUGUAGGAUGGAGUCUGUUGUGGAUGAGCUGGGACUGUGGUUACUUACUGGAGGAAAAAAAUUGUUCUUAGCAUCGAUAUUUGUAACCCAUUGUUGUAUUUUAUGAUGAAAUAUUUUAUGUAAUAAAUAUUUAUUUAUUGAUC